AUGGUGGGCUUCGGGGCCAACCGGCGGGCCGGCCGCCUGCCCUCCUUCGUGCUGGUGGUGCUGCUGGUGGUGAUCGCGAUCCUCGCCUUCAACUACUGGAGCAUCUCCUCGCGCCACGUCCUGCUCCAGGAGGAGGUGGCCGAGCUGCAGGGCCAGGUCCAGCGCACCGAGGUGGCCCGCGGGCGCCUGGAGAAGCGCAAUUCAGACCUCCUGCUGUUGGUGGACUCGCACAAGAAGCAGAUUGACCAGAAGGAGGCCGACUACGGUCGCCUCAGCAGCCGGCUGCAGGCCAGGGAGGGCCUGGGGAAGAGAUGCGAGGAUGACAAGGUUAAACUACAGAGCAACAUAUCAUAUCAGAUGGCAGACAUACAUCAUUUAAAGGAACAACUUGCUGAGCUUCGACAGGAGUUUCUUCGGCAAGAAGACCAGCUUCAGGACUAUCGGAAGAACAAUACUUACCUGGUGAAGAGGUUAGAAUAUGAGAGUUUUCAGUGUGGACAACAAAUCAAGGAAUUAAGAGCACAGCAUGAAGAGAAUAUUAAAAAGUUAGCAGACCAGUUUUUGCAGGAACAAAAGCAAGAGGCCCACAAAUUGGAAUUAAAAGAUGAAAAUGAAUUGGGUAUAAACAAUCAUGCAGUACCUAAAAAUGUUCCAAAAGUAGGUGAGAAGGCUGAAGAGAAGAAUGAAGAGCCCUCAAGCCACCAUAUUGCACAUGGGAAAGAGCAAAUCAAACCAGGUGGUGAUGCAGGAAUGCCUGGAAUAGAGGAGAACGACCUUGCAAAAGUUGAAGACAUUCCCAUUGUUUUAAAGAAACCCCCAAUUUCUAUUUCUCAAUAUGGUAGUCAUCAAGCAAUCUCCCAUCGUCCAACUGGACAACCUCUCUCCCCUAAUAUUGUUCCAGAUUCUCAUGUAAAUCAUAAUGGAAACCCUGGAACUUCAAAACAGAAUCCUCCCAAUCUUCUUCAGCGUUUAAUUCCAGGCCCAAACUUGGAGAGUGAAUCCAGAAUUCAAGGUGAUAUACUAAAGCAGGAUACCAAGGAUAGAGCCGGUGAUUUCCAUAAGUUAAAGCAAAGCCGAUUCUUUGAUGAGAAUGAAUCCCCUGUUGAUCCGCAACAUGGCUCUAAACUGGCGGAUUAUAAUGGGGAUGAUGGUAACGUAGGUGAGUAUGAGGCAGACAAGCAGGCUGAGCUGGCUUACAAUGAGGAAGAAGAUGGUGAUGGUGGAGAGGAAGACGUCCAAGAUGAUGAAGAACGAGAACUUCAAAUGGAUCCUGCAGACUAUGGAAAACGUUUAAAUGAUGUCCUUUAA